AUGGCUGGUUACAGAGCUGAAGAUGAAUAUGAUUACCUGUUCAAGCUGGUGCUGAUAGGGGAUUCUGGGGUUGGCAAGUCCAAUUUGCUUUCGAGAUUCACGAGAAAUGAGUUCAACCUUGAAUCCAAGUCUACUAUUGGUGUGGAGUUUGCCACUCGAAGUCUUAACAUCGACACCAAAGUUAUCAAAGCUCAGAUUUGGGACACUGCUGGCCAAGAAAGGUACCGAGCUAUAACCAGUGCUUACUACAGAGGUGCUGUUGGUGCUUUGCUUGUGUAUGAUGUCACUCGGCGUGCUACUUUUGAGAAUGUAGAGAGGUGGUUGAGGGAGUUAAGAGAUCAUACAGACCCCAAUAUUGUUGUUAUGCUCAUUGGCAAUAAAUCAGAUCUUCGACAUCUUGUAGCUGUUCCAACUGAGGAUGGUAAAGCUUUGGCAGAGAGGGAAAGCCUCUACUUUAUGGAGACUUCUGCUCUGGAAGCAACCAAUGUUGAAAAUGCAUUUGCCGAAGUGCUGACACAGAUAUAUCGUAUUGUCAGCAAGAAAGCAGUUGAAGCAAAUGAUGAAAGUGCUACUUCUUCCCUUCCUCCUAAAGGAGAGACAAUCAACAUCAAAGAUGAGGGCUCUAGCUGGAAGCGAUUUGGGUGCUGUUCAAGCUAG